AUGCGCCUGGGCCAGCUCAUCGCCUUUCAGCUCUACUGGAACCUCAUCCAGUCGGGGUAUCAGAGCAUCAUGUCUGUACUCAUGUCCCUCACCAAGGCCUCUAGCACCGCUCAGCGAGUGCUCUCCCUCAUCGACUCGCUGCCAGAUAUUGACCCUGAUGCGGGCACCAAGCUCACCAAGGCCUCUGGCGCUGCCCAGAGGGUGCUCUCCCUCAUCGACUCUCUACCAGAUAUCAACCCUGACAAGGGCACCAAGGUGUGUGGGGAUCGGAAUAGCAGUGGGUGUUUGGAGUGUGGGGGUCCAGUCGGGGUAUCAGAGCAUCAUGUCGGAGUGUCUUUCCACGUGGAUCCAGGGCAAGUGCUCGCCAUGGUGGGUCACAGUGGAGUAUCCCUCCACGUGGAUCCAGGCCAAGUGCUCACCCUGGUGGGUCGCAGCGGGGGAGGCAAGUCAACCGUGGUGCAUCUGCUCAUGCGCUUCUACGAUCCCGUGCCUCGUUCUGUGUUGUCCCCCCUUUUGCUUCCCUUCAGGAGAGUAUCCCUCCACGUGGAUCCAGGCCAAGUGCUCGCCCUUGUGGGUCGCAAUGGGGGAGGCAAGUCAACCGUGGUGCAUCUUCUCAUGCGCUUCUACGAUCCUGUCCAAGGCCGCAUCGUGAUGGACGGCCGAGAUCUGCGCGAGCUGAAUCUACGGUCGGUGCACGCGCACAUGGGGCUGGUGGCGCAGGACACGCAGAUGUGGGCAUGCAGCAUCGAGGAGAAUAUCGCGUAUGGCUUGCCUUCCUACACUCGAGCCGAAGUGGAGGAGGCUGCCAAGGACGCCCUUGCCUAUUCCGGCGCCGUCUCCAUCAACAGCUGGCUCGACCUGGGGGCGUCCGUGCUCAUCCUCUGGUGGGUUGGGUCUGCUGUGGUGUGUUGGGGGUAUGUGGGUGGGAUGUGGGUGGGACGUACGGACGCCCUUGCCUAUUCCGGCGCCGUCUCCAUCAACAGCUGGCUCGACCUCGGGGCGUCCGUGCUCAUCCUCUGGUGGGUUGGGUCUGCUGUGGUGUGUUGGGGGUAUGUGGGUGGGAUGUGGGUGGGACGUACGUACGGAGGGGUGUUGGUGACGGAGGGGCACAUGCGCCUGGACCAGCUCAUCGCCUUCCAGCUCUGCUGGAACCUCAUCCAGUACGGAGGGGUGUUGGUGAUGGAGGGGCACAUGCGCCUGGACCAGCUCAUCGCCUUCCAGCUCUACUGGAACCUCAUCCAGUCGGGGUACGGAGGGGUGUUGGUGAUGGAGGGGCACAUGCGCCUGGGCCAGCUCAUCGCCUUUCAGCUCUAUUGGAACCUCAUCCAGUCGGGGUAUCAGAGCAUCAUGUCUGUACUCAUGUCCCUCACCAAGGCCUCUGGCGCCGCUCAGCGAGUGCUCUCCCUCAUCGACUCGCUGCCAGAUAUUGACCCUGAUGCGGGCACCAAGGUGUCAACACUGCAGGGAUCCAUCCGCAUGGAGGAUGUUCACUUCCACUACCAGAUGCGCCCAGACCACCCCGUGCUCAAAGGUGUGUUGGCUACCUUCCUAGGAGUGUCUUUCCACGUGGAUCCAGGGCAAGUGCUCGCCAUGGUGGGUCACAGUGGAGUAUCCCUCCACGUGGAUCCAGGCCAAGUGCUCGCCCUGGUGGGUCGCAGCGGGGGAGGCAAGUCAACCGUGGUGCAUCUGCUCAUGCGCUUCUACGAUCCUGUCCAAGGCCGCAUCGUGAUGGACGGCCGAGAUCUGCGCGAGCUGAAUCUACGGUCGGUGCACGCGCACAUGGGGCUGGUGGCGCAGGACACGCAGAUGUGGGCAUGCAGCAUCGAGGAGAAUAUCGCGUAUGGCUUGCCUUCCUACACUCGAGCCGAAGUGGAGGAGGCUGCCAAGCACGCCAACGCACACGAUUUCAUCACCAAGUUCCCCGAGGGUUACGCUACACGCGUGGGAGAGAGGGGAGUGCGACUCUCAGGCGGUCAGAGGCAGCGCAUAGCCAUUGCCCGGAUGCUGCUGCGCCGCCCGCGCGUGCUCCUAUUGGACGAAGCCACGUCAGCGUUGGACGCGGAGAGUGAGGCGCUGGUGCAGGGCGCGCUGGACCGGCUGAUCGCGGAGGGCGGGCGCACCAUCGUGCUCGUGGCUCACCGGCUGUCCACCGUGCGCAAUGCUGACAGCAUCUGCGUGCUGGAAGGGGGGCGGGUCGCUGAGCAUGGCACGCAUGAGCAGCUGCUGGAAAUUCGUGAGUGUCGAUGGGUGGUAGAGGGAAGGGACGAGUUGUUGUUUCUUGUCGAGUGUGUGUACAGCAAGUGA